GCCCUGGACAUUUUCCUUUGGUUAUGUUUAAGUCAUCCAUGGGUUUGCCAAGUGUUAAGCUCUCCUGUUAGACGCCAGUCAAACCAGUCACCACUCCAAGAUGUGGGACUCUUAUCUGGCCACAGAGAUACACACUCACCCUUUGUCCAGCAAGUGCAUGACUACCAUAAGGCUUCAGUGACAAUAGAGGAUGUCUUGGCUGCGCUACUCUCUCUGGGAAGCAUAUCUGACCCUAUGGAGGCACAAAGAGUGUACUUGGAAAUUCAGGGCUUAAUGGUGGAUGAGGAACAAAAAGGGCAUUAUCUGUCCAGUCAAGUGAAGGUAGAGCCUAAUUUACAGGCUGUAAACUCAGCAGGGACUAGUGGGCCUGGAUUGAGUUCUUCAGUGAAGUCCAGUUCUGGAAAAGGUGCUUCUGGGAAAGUGAACCCUCAUGAAAGCUGUGAGGGAGCUGCUGGGUCUGGGUCCAGUUCUGAAAAAUAUUAUUCUGGAAGGGUGAGCCCUCCGGGAAAUACAGGUGAAGCUGCUGUGCCACAGCCUGGAUAUGGGGAAGGUUCUUCUGGAAAGGUGAGCCCUCCUGCCAAAGGAGGUGAAGCUGGACCAUCACAGCCUGGACACGGGGAAGGUUCUUCUGGAAAGGUGAGCCCUCCUGCAAAAGGAGGUGAAGCUGCACCAUUACAGCCUGGAUAUGGGGAAGGUUCUUCUGAAACGGUGAGCCCUCCUGCAAAAGCAAGUGAAGCUGCACCAUCGCAGCCUGGAUAUGGGGAAGGUUCUUCUGAAAAGGUGAGCCCUCCUGUAAAAGCAAGUGAAGCUGCACCAUCGGAGCCUGGAUGUGGGGAAGGUUCUUCUGAAAAGGUUAGCCCUCCUGCAAAAGCAAGUGAAGCUGCACCGUCACAGCCAGAAAAUGGGAAGGGUUGUUCUGGAAAGGUGAGCCCUUCAGCAAAAGCAAGUGAAGCUGCACCAUCACAGCCUGGAUAUGGGGAAGGUUCUUCUGGAAAGAUGAGCCCUGCUGCAAAAGGUGGUGAAGCUGCACCAUCACAGCCUGGAUAUGGGCAAGGUUCUUCUGAAAAGGUGAGCCCUCCUGCAACAGUAGGUGAGGCUCCACCAUCACAGCCUGGAUAUGGGGAAGAUUCUUCUGGAAAGGUGAGCCCUCCUGCAAAAGCAAGUGAAGCUGCAAAAGCAAGUGAAGCUACACUGUCACAGCCUGAAUGUGGGAAAGGUUCUUCUGAAAAGGUGAGCCCUCCUGCAAAAGCAAGUGAACCUGCACCAUCACAGCCUGGAUAUGGGGAUGGUUCUUCUGGAAAGAUGAGCCCUGCUACAAAAGCAAGUGAAGCUGCACCAUCACAGCCUGGACAUGGGGAUGGUUCUUCUGAAAAGGUGAGCCCUCCUGCAAAAGUAGGUGAGGCUCCACCAUCACAGCCUGGAUAUGGGGAAGGAUCUUCUGGAAAGGUGAGCCUUCCUGCAAAAGCAAGUGAAGCUGCACCAUCACAGCUUGGAUAUGGGGAAGGUUCUUCUGAAAAGAUUAGCCCUCCUGCAAAAGCAAGCGAAGCUGCACCGUCACAGCCAGAAAAUGGGAAGGGUUGUUCUGAAAAGGUGAGCCCUUCAGCAAAAGCAAGUGAAGCUGCACCAUCACAGCCUGGAUAUGGGGAAGGUUCUUCUGAAAAGGUGAGCCCUCCUGCAAAAGCAAGUGAAGCUGCAAAAGCAAGUGAAGCUACACAGUCACAGCCUGGAUAUGGGCAAGGUUGUUCUGAAAAGGUGAGCCCUCCUGCAAAAGCAAGUGAAGCUACACCGUCACAGCCUGAAUAUGGGAAAGGUUCUUCUGAAAAGGUGAGCCCUCCUGCAAAAGCAAGUGAAGCUGCACCAUCACAGCCUGGUUAUGGGGAAGGUUCUUCUGGAAAGGUGAGCCCUCCUGCAAAAGGAGGUGAAGCUGCACCAUCACAGCCUGGAUAUGGGGAAGUUUCUUUGGGAAAGGUGAGCCCUCCUGCAAAAGGAGGUGACGCUGCACCAUCACAGCCUGGAUAUGGGGAAGGUUCUUCUGAAAAGGUGAGCCCUCCUGCAAAAGCAAGUGAAGCUGCACCAUCGCAGCCUGAAUAUGGGGAAGGUUCUUCUGGAAAGGUGAGCCCUCCUGCAAAAACAGAUGAAGCUGCACCAUCACAGCCUGGACAUGGGGAAGGUUCUUCUGAAAAGGUGAGCCCUCCUGCAAAAGCAAGUGAAGCUGCACCAUCACAGCCUGGAUAUGGGGAAGGUUCUUCUGAAAAGGUGAGCCCUCCUGCAAAAGCAAGUGAAGCUGCACCAUCGCAGCCUGGACGUGGGGAAGGUUCUUCUGAAACGGUGAGCCCUCCUGCAAAAGCAAGUGAAGCUGCACCAUCACAGCCUGAAUAUGGGGAAGGUUCUUCUGGAAAGGUGAGCCCUCCUGCAAAAGCAGAUGAAGCUGCACCAUCACAGCCUGGACAUGGGGAAGGUUCUUCUGAAAAGGUUAGUCCUCCUGCAAAAGCAAGUGAAGCUGCACCCUCACAGCCUGAAUAUGGGGAAGGUUCUUCUGGAAAGUUCUGGCAAAGAGAUUUCUGGCAAAAUGAAGCCUCCUGCAAGUAA